UACAGCCAAGGUGCCCAACAGCUACAAAGAGCCGAAACUUCAGCUGCGCCAUUUCAGAAUAGACAAAGACCGUGAAUCGAAAGCGUCUUCAGUUGGACAUUGGUGUUCUGGACGUGCACAUACCUGAAGUAGAAGCAGCCGAUCUACUAUUUGGUUGAGAUAAUUAGGAUUUCAUUCUUCAUGACACUGUUUCUCAGACGCAUUUAAUAGAAAAAAGGAGCCGCUAUGCCUUCCAUCGCCUGCCUGCAGACUCUUCAAAGGGAGUUAGCAGAUAGCAUCAUUCGCUGCGCCCCCCUCGACGACAUACGCAUCCUCCUUGCCUGCGGCGCCAAUGUCAACGAGCCCGUCACCCAGGGCCUGCGACCCAUCCACUACGCCGCCUUCCAGCAGUAUUUCGAAGCCCUCAAUCUCCUCCUGGUCAGAGGUUGUGACCCCAAUGCCAUGGACGAAAUCGGCUACACCGCCCUGCACCUGUGCGCAGAGCGUGGCUACAUAGACCUGGUGCUUCUUCUGCUGGAGCACAAGGCGAGAGUGUCUUUCACCGAACUCAACCUCAACGACAAAGCCCUGGGAAAUCCGCCCAGGGCCACUAUUGCUGACGAACCUUUAAGAUUGGCUAUUAAGAAUGGCCACUACGAAGUGGCCGAGAUUCUGUUGAAAAGUGGUGCCGAUCCUAACGCCAGGUAUUUCCUCGGAGCAGAAAUCAAUCUCAUCAGCCCGCUGAACACAAGAUUUUUGGAACUUUUGCUGAGAUAUGGUGCCAAUCCCAACUCCAGGGACAGGACUGGGCUGACCCCUCUGAUGAAAGCCUGCAGACACCCAGAUGGCCUGGAGUCGGCACAGAUACUGAUCAAGUACGGAGCCAAUGUCAAUGAUAUGACUCCAGAAAGGCAUGACAACAGGACUGUCCUGCACUAUGCCGUCCUCAGUGGUAACAUGGACACGGUGAAGUUGUUGCUCAAGCGCGGGGCUGUUGUGAAAUUCGGACCCGAUUACCUGAAGCCGAGUCCUCUGGAUUUCGCCAUCUUGAGGGGAAAUCCAGAUAUGGUGAAGCUGCUCAUCGAUUCGGGUGCCGACGUCAACUUAGGAUCGCCUAUCAUAGGAUGUCCGCUCCACAUAGCUCUGUCCGAAAAGGUCGACAACAAAAUCGAUAUCAUCAAGCUGCUGUUGGAACGCGGGGCGGAUCCGAAUGCGGUUUCGGUAUGCGACGAGGCCCCUCUCAUCAAACCACCCAUCGGCGAAUACUUCAAUUCCUGUGAUCACCCAACUGUAGAAAUAGUUCGAUUGCUACUCCAUUACGGGGCCAAGGUUGUCCUCAAGUCCCAGAUUCACCACCCUCUGGGAAUUCUGAAAUCCGUCCACAGGUUGCAUCCGGAGUCGCAUGCGGAGGUGCUCGAAGUGCUGCUUGAUGCUGCCGAGUCCUUCAGUGCGGCUUCCAUCAACAGGUCGCUGUUGCUGACUGACCCGCAGCGCAGUCUCCUCCUGCAGCACGCCUUGACGCCCCUUCCGCUCAAACACAUUUUGAGGCUGUUCAUCCGGAACAUAUUCGGCGCGGGUCCGACCGUCAUCAAGCGCAUCCAGUGCCUCCCUUUGCCCUGGCUGGUCAAGAUGUAUCUCCUUUACGAGAUAUAGCAUCACCUGUACACUGCCCGAGGAUCGAGCUAACUCUUCUUGAAGAAUCGCCUGCGAGUUCAGGCGAUGGCCGAAUGGUGGUUGGUUUUCUGUAAGCUAAGAUCACAGUCUAGGGACAGAGUAUCGACGAUGCCAUUUAGCUGCGGAUCCGAUUCACUUUUAUACAAGAUGCAAUUGCAAAAUAAUACUCCCAACCUGCCUGACCCUAUUUAUGAAACAAAGAUGGUUACGAAUUCAAUCCAAUCGUAUUCCUUCCUUCCUACUUUUGUUGUCUGCCGUUUAUUUUCCUGCAAAAUUUGAAGUCCACUUUUUCACUAAUUCAAAGCAUCCAAUUUUUACUUUUUCACUUUUAUAUGUCUUCGUAUAUUUCAAAAUAAUUUAUAUUACAUGUCAAGUAUAGCAAUUAAAUACACCCAUGAGACAUAUUUAAUGCUUGAUAUUUGUUUACUUACCCAAGUCCAUUCGAGUUAAAAUAAAACGGAAAUAAAUAUAAAUGAUCCUUCCUUAACUUGAAAUUAAUUUAAUUAACAUGAAAGGAGACUUUCUCCACUGUUUAACAGAGGAGAAAAUAAGUGUAACGAAAUAGGACUAACUGUCGUUUUCAAUGACACAUACAGACUAUAAAAAAUACACGACAGUUGCCUAAAUCAAGUUUUCCCAAAUUGGAUUGUCUUUCUUGAAGAAAAUGACAAUCCUGACAAAGUAAUAUUUAACUUUUUUUUUUUUAAAUUUCAAUAAUUAUUUCUUCAAAAACAGUACUUUCGAAAAUAAAAUGACCAAAAUCUUAAUGUUCAUAGAAAAAAAUCUUUUCUUUUUAAACUUUUAAUUCAGAACACCUCUGGAAUAAGCAUUUUGGCACUUGGCAGAAUUAUCUUAAAAUUAAUUUCAUGAAGGAAUAUUCUUCUAUAAUUCACAAAGCAGUCGAUACUCCUUUUGUGAUCGAUAUAUUCUUUGAUUCAGAAAAUCCCUUAAAAUGGUUGAUUGUACAUGGACAUUACAAAUUUAACAUUGUAUUUAAAUUUUCAUUCAAUUGAAUUUUUUCUUUAAAUUUCCCACUAUUUUAAAUAAGAUGACGCCCAUGCUUCAUAUAUCACCUAAUAUUUAAGUGUAACAAAUCAAGUUUGAAAUGAUUCCCUUUUUAGAUGAAACAUUAAUGCUAAAAUGGAAUGGCGCUAUUCGUUAAGUCAAACUUUCGAAUGAACAUAAUGAAAUGAACCUAGACGAAUGAGAAGCAGUCUUUUUGCGUGAAAUGAACGCUUCUAACAAUUCCAUUUGCAGCAUUACUAAUACACGUUUUAUCUAUCUGUUUAAUGGGAUUUAUUACUGAAAAUUCAACCUGCACGCUCAACGGUUAAAAUAUGCCAAUGCUUUCGGGACACGCAAUAGUUUCUGACUGAUAGAUUUGCAAAAAUUUGUCAGUUAGGAAUUUGAAAAUGAUGAAUAAAUAUCAAAAUAUCCAGCUGAACGGCCGUCGGCACAGUGAACAGUCACUUUCUCCUGAAUUUGUGAAGGUAAAUGUGCUUAAUCAAAUAUGUUCGAAAGGUGAUCUUGGCUUCACGACAAAUGUGUGGUUAAAGCUGGGAAUGAUACAGAAAUAAUCAUUCCCCAAAAUAAUCAAACUUGCUUGUGGUUUCUUUUUACAUUUCAUCUAGUCUCCCUGAUGUUCUCAUACAUUUUUUUUUUAGUUUUAUACUGCCCUUUGUUUGAAAGAAACGAUACCAUUUGUGAUCUUUUAUUGAAACUUUGUUUAGAAUGUGCAAGAUGCCUCUUCCGGUUAUUUACGUAUGCCAGUAAUAAUGAGAGAACACAACUCUGUUCCAUUAUCAAAUUGACAACGCUAUCGUCACCAGUUAAGUUUGAUCAUACUACAAAAUCUGACUCGUUACUAUUGCCAGGCCGAGUUAUAAAGCAUUUAGAAUUCGUAUUCGAUGAAAGGCCUCGAAGACCUGCGAACAUGCUUCCGUCUUCCUUGACUUAAAUGUUGCAAAGCUUAAUAACCCCGUCAGUUUCGUUCGUAGACGAAAGAAACUAUUUUUGCUAAAAAAUUAUAGUACGUCAGGAAUAUUCUACUACAUAUUAAUGUUGAUUAUUAAAUCAAUGCACCGAAAUUUCAUGUUUAUUUCAGUAGUCUAAUAUCAUUUAUAUCAUUCUUCUAGUUGAAACCCUAUUCUUAUCCCUAAGCUAUAGACAUUAUUUAUUGAACCACGGAUAGAGGAGAGACCCUGCCUAUUUUGCCGAAAGUAAGGCUAGUUUCAUACAGGUUUAAGAUUUUAGGCUCUUAAAUUUGUUAAAUGCUGUUAAAACCGAAAAAAAGAGGCCCUUGCAUAUUCAGAAUGCAGUGAAGUCUUUUUGUACACGUCUACUCCAUUUUUAUGUACAUAGAAGUACAGAUUUUUAUAUAUUCGAUGUAUUUGUUAAUUUUCACUUUUACUAUUUUGAUUAUAUAGUAAUAAAAGAUAAUAUGAAAACUA